CAGCAUCCCGGUACGAGCAUCUGCAGCGAGAGAGAUCCCUGAUCUCCGUCUUUACAAAAAGCCUCUCAAUGAGUGCCAAGCUGUCCAAGGAGUUGAGGCUCUCCCUGCCAACCUGCCUUUUCAAUAGGACCUCUGGCUCUUCAAAUGCAAGCAGCACCUGCAUCACGCAAAUGGGGCAGCUCUUCCAGUCUUUCUCUUCCACUUUUGUUUUAAUUGUUCUGGUCGCUCUGAUCUUCUGCCUGAUUCUCCUCUCCCUCAUUACUUUCCACAUUCACAAGAGGAAGAUGAAGAAACGGAAAAUGGAAAAGGCUCAGGAGGAAUAUGAACGGGACCACUGCAGUAGCACCAGCAGCACCAAGGCGGGUGACACAUAUGAAACCCCCCAAGGAGGAGAACCGUCCAGGCUAGGAAGAACCACCCAGGAUUCUAGUAUCCAGUGUACUUCUGCCCCAAAACCUCAGAACCCCCAUCCCGAAAGAUCAUGUUUGGACACAGAUACUCCAGGGCUUUUGCAAACAGUGGUAUUGUCUUGAUUUUAUUCAUUGAUUUUGUGGGGACCUCACCAAAAGACACAAUUUGGUGUUUGUACAUAUUUGAGUGGUUAUUAUUAUAAUCCUGAAGAAGACAACGACAGCAAAAAUUAUUAUUAUUAUUAUUAUUAUUACUAUUAAUAAUGAAAGAACAAACCAACGAAACAGAAUUCAAACGUAUGACAAAUUGCAUUGCAUUUCUCACUGACUUUUUGCAAAAGGAAGGAUGCGUCUUUAUUUAUUUAUUUAUAUUUACCAUUUUGGAGAAGACAAGAAAAAGCUGCACAGUGUUACCAAAUAUAAAAUAAUCUGCCCAAAAGAAAUGGUGUAGCCAGUAUGAUUGUGAUGUACAUAUAUAAGCGAUCCAAAUUAUAUAGAACAGUGAAUCUAUAUUUCUUUACCUUCCUUUAUUAUUGGGAAUUAUACUUAACUGUAACAGUAUUUAAAGGACUGUUUUUAGAUCAACUGCCAGUAAUGAAAAUGGAAGGGAGAGCUGAAGUGGGGAGGGUGUAGCAGAAAGGGAGAAAUGACUUCUUUGGAGUUUUGUCUCAAUAGCACUGGGGUAGAGAUGGGGGUGGUCUUUCACCCCAAUUUGCAGCGAACCAAGAAUGAGCUGACCUUUCUGUAAGGUUUAGCAUGCCAGUAAUUGUUCUCUCUUCCUCUUUUCCAACACUACCGUUCUCCUUUUCAGAGAUUGGCUUUUGUUUCAUUUUGAAAUAUCUGCCCCUGCUUAAGCGUAAAUAAGUAAAAAAUGACCUCCCACCACCCAGUGCUGAUUCCCCUCCUCCUUCUUCCUUUUCUUUUCUUUUAUUCUCCGCUUUCUCUUUCUCUGUCUCUCUGCAGUAUUACAUACCCUGCACCCUGCAAAGCAACGAAUGCCAAACAGUUUAGCUAUGCUUCUAUAUCUAUAUAUUUAUGGGAGGGAAUGGAGUUGUUACUCCACAGGAAUGUUUUGGGUUGUAUCUUUCUCUCUAGGCAUUUUCAAGUGUAACAGCCGUUUUCUUAUAUUAAAUCUGGAAUAAGAUACCUUUUGUGGUUAC